UCUAAACUGAGAGAGAGAGAAAGUGGCUUUUACAGUUUCUAGAUAAAGAGAACUCAUUUGAGGAACAAAGCUGGUUUCUUGGUGAUCCCCAAGCGAAGCAGCUGUUUUCUGAAACUUUUUUUUUUUUUUUUGUUUUUUUUGGUGUUCUGUUUCUUCCUCGAGAUCCUCAGUCACAUCGCUUUAUUGAAAGCUCUUACGUAACUGCUGCAAAGGAAAAAGAAAAUUGAAAGAAAAGGUUAGAUGAUGAAGGGAAGAACAACCAACAAUGUUCAGUCGAAUCGGUCCAUGAAGAAUGGUAAAAGAGAUCAAAAGCCACAGAAGACCAACGGUGCUAAAAGAUCUUCAGUGAAAGAAAAACUCAAAGCUUUAGACACUAAGGAAGAAUCUAAUGUCUCACUAGUAGUAAAUGAUAUAGCUUCACAAUCAGAGCUCUUUGAGGUUGACGAGACAGUGGAUGAUACGGCAAAUGGGUCUUUAGAUACUCAACAAGUGUCCGACUCUGGUAGAGUUACAGAGAAAAUAGAGAAGGAAGAAACUGUGAAUGGCCCGGCUUGUGAUAUGGAGAAAGAUGAUGAAGAAGAAGAAGACAAAGACCUUGAUGCUGUAGCUAAUGAAAAGAUGGAUUCUGCAUCUUGCUCUGAAAGUGAGAACGAGGCAUGUGAUGUCACGGAGAGAAGUGAUAACUUAGAGGAUGAAGAAGCACUGAAACAACAGGUUGAGGAUUUGGAGACAAGAAUUGAGAAACUUGAAGAAGAGCUAAGAGAAGUUGCAGCGCUGGAGAUUUCGCUCUAUUCGAUUGUACCAGACCACUCUGGCUCAGCUCACAAGGUUCACACGCCUGCUCGGAGAAUUUCAAGACUCUAUAUCCAUGCUUGUAAACAUUGGAGUCGAGGAAAGCGAACAACCAUCGCUAGAAACACCGUCUCUGGUCUCAUUUUAGUUGCUAAAUCUUGCGGAAAUGAUGUUUCCAGGUUGACCUUCUGGUUAUCGAACAUUAUCGCUUUAAGAGAGAUUAUUUCUCAUGAGUUUGGUAAGUAUCAUGUUCCAAGUCAUCUCACACAGACCUCUGUAUCAAAUGGUAGUGAACAAAGUGGUUCAGGGAAUCUAAGAAGGAAAAAGAACCAAUGUACUCAAGAAUCAAAUAGUUUCCAAGAUUGGCAGGAAAGCGAAACCUUCACUGCAGUAUUAGAGAAAGUCGAAUUCUGGAUAUUCUCUAGAAUCAUUGAAUCUGUUUGGUGGCAGGUUUUCACACCUCACAUGCAAUCCCCUGAAAACAGCAGUAAAACGAAUGAGAAACCUGUAUUGGGAGAUGAAGAGCAAGGAAGUUUUUCAAUCAGCCUAUGGCAAAACGCGUUGAGAGUGGCUCUAUCACGGCUCUGUCCUAUGCGAGGAUCAGGGCACGAGUGCGGUUGCUUACCUAUUUUGGCCAAAAUGGUAAUGGAGAAGUGUAUAGCUCGAGUUGAUAUAGCCAUGUUCAACGCUAUAUUGCGUGAGUCAGAGCAUCAGAUUCCCACUGAUCCUGUCUCCGAUCCUAUCCUCGAUUCCAAAGUUCUGCCUAUCCCUGCUGGACACUUAAGCUUUGGAUCCGGUGCACAGCUUAAAAACGCGAUUGGCAAUUGGUCUAGAUGCCUCGCUGAAAUGUUCGACAUCAACACGAGAGAUUCUGUGGAAGAAACUGAUCUCAUUGAAAGCGAGAAAUCCUUCAGUUUGUUAAAUGAACUUAGCGAUCUACUUAUGCUCCCAAAAGACAUGCUUAUGGACUUAUCCAUUAGAGAAGAGGUAUGCCCAUCGAUAAGCCUUCCGUUGAUCACAAGAAUACUCUGCAACUUUACACCUGAUGAGUUCUGUCCUGAUCAUGUCCCUGGAACUGUCCUAGAAGAGCUUAAGACCGAGAGCAUUUCGGACCAGAAGUUUUCAGGAGUUAGCUUCCCUUAUGCAGCUUCUCCUGUUUCAUACACUCCUCCGUCAUCAGUCAAUGUAGCAGAGAAAGUUGCAGAGGUAGGAGGAGACAUCUCUAGAAUGUCGAGGAGCGCGUCUGUGAUACAGAGAAAAGGAUACACGAGCGACGAGGAGCUUGAGGAACUGGAUUCUCCUCUUACAUUUGUUAUCGACAAAGUGUUGGUAUCAUCACCAAUCUCGAGAGAAAUUGGGAAGGUGAAGCAGGAAGAUGAGCAAAUAGGUGCAGUGGUUACAAAUGUAAGAUAUGAGCUUCUUAGGGAAGUGUGGUCUAUGUAAAUUGAUUAGAAGCCAAAAUAUUGAGUUUUCUAGUGAAGCUCUAGUUAUACCAAUUCACAACUGAAGCAAACCAAGUCUUUUCAAAGUUAUAUAUGCUCCUAGACCAUUGUAUUUAGCUCGGUAAACAGCUCCGUUAACAACAAUCUCAC